GGCAUUGCAACACUAUGUGCCACGACAUGACUCUCUACAAUUGUCCCGAUGAAUGGAAUUGUAAUGACAUAAAUGAAUCGUAAAUCGGGCCUUCGGUGAAUGACUUAACCAUGAAUGGUGUCUUAAAAAGAAAAGUUCGGCCUGACCUUAGAAGUAAAUUGCUCACCUCUUAAACCAAACCGAUAUCAAUUGAUAGGUUUAUUUGACAAUUCAUACAUUUGCCUUAACAGCUUAUACAUUGUAAUAACGAGCACUUGCAGUUGUGAAAAUAAGUUAACUUGGAUAUGGACAUUUUGAUGUCUCAAUUCAUUUAUUUUAUUCAUUAAAAGGUGUUCUAUCUGGCCACUGACUAGCAUCAUGUCACUCCUGUUGAAAAAACGGUCCAGGAAUAAACCUCACGGGCAAAUGUGUACCUUCCUGGUGAAAUAUGUCUGCGCUGAUGCUGAAGGAAUUCAUGAACUUUUGAAGACGAAACAUUGGACCUUGUCUAUUCCUAAUUGGAUAUUUCGUGCGGUUGGACAACCAGUCUUUGUGAACAACCCAAUCAGUGGACUUUUAAUACUCAUUGCUCUGUUCCUCGGAGAUCCCUGGGUCGCAUUAUGUGGAACGAUCUGCCUUAUCUCGGCUAUUGUCACAGCGUUUGCCGUCAAACAAGAGUACGGCCAGAUUGAGUCCGGUGUGUGCACUUUCCAUGGGCUGUUAAUUGGAUUGCUCCUUGGAGUGUCUGUUGAUCGAGAGUGGUAUCCAUUGCUUAUUCUACCCCUCAUAAUUUUGGGUUCUGCAAGCGGACUUAUAAUACUCAUUGCUCUGUUCCUCGGAAAUCCCUGGGUCGCAUUAUGUGGAACGAUAUGCCUUAUCUCGGCUAUUGUCACAGCGUUUGCCGUCAAACAAGAGUACGGCCAGAUUGAGUCCGGUGUGUGUACUUUCCAUGGUCUGUUAAUUGGAUUGCUCCUUGGAGUGUCUGUUGAUCGAGAGUGGUAUCCAUUGCUUAUUCUACCCCUCAUAAUUUUGGGUUCUGCAAGCGUCUACGUUGCAAAUGGAGUCGGUAACAUAUACAGCGUUUGGAAUCUACCAGCAUUGACGUUACCGUUCUGCCUCGUGACGUUCGUAUUCUUAGGGGGUCUCGACAGUGGUUCCUCACAUUUUCCUAUGAAAGUAGCUCCAGAUUCCGUAUCAAAUGAAACAGCUCCUGACUGGGGAAAGGUUUUUCUGUCAAUCCCCAUAAGCGUUGGCCAGGUGUAUGCCUACGGAGGACUUCUGACUGGAUGUUUGAUAUUCGUGGCCAUAUGUUUGGCCUCUCCAAUACUAGCCCUACACGCUCUCAUCGGAGCCUUCAUUAGUGCUUUUACAGCUAUUGGUAUGUCAGCACCAUAUACCCAGGUAUAUAGCGGUUUAUGGGGAUAUAGUGCGGUUUUAACAAGCGAGGCAGUCGGCGGAUUUUUCUUUCGACUCACCCCUCAUUCUCACAUACUUGCCUGGCUAGGGGCUGUCCUAACAACGUUGGUGCACGCUACGAUGUCCAGAUGUUUUAUGCAGUUGGGAUUGCCCGUGUUGACUAUGCCGUUUGUUUUGACGACUUCGGUCUUGCUCGCCUUUACAAGUAAAAGCCCCCAAUUCUGGAGAAUUCCAAUGGGAAAAAUUAGUUCGCCAGAGCGACAUCUAUCACUAGAUAGGGACGCAGAAGCUGGGGGUGAUGCUGAGGGCGAAGCGUUGGAGGAAAAAUCUCUCGGGAAAGUCGAAACGGAGCUCAAGCAGUCUUUGAUGGACCUCAACGAGAUAUAGAAUAUUGAGUACAAUACCUUGAAUGGAGAGAAAUGAAGAUAAUCACGCUCCCAAUCACAACAUUGAAAUACAAUAUACAGGGUGGGCCAAAAAAUGUACAUAUUUUUUUUAUUUCAAUACAACUUUUUUCGCAGGAUAUGCAGACAUCAAUUUUACAAAUUUCCAAAACUGGGAUAAAUAAAUCUUUAGUUUUUUGAAUAAUGGAGAUAAACAGACACUAGGGGUCUUUAUGAAAAAUGACAGAUUUCAGAAUGAUUUUCAAAGCAACAAAUUUUACAAUGAUAAUGAUCAUGCCUCAUACAUGUAUACAUUUCCAGAUUGACUUUUCAUACAUUAUUAUUAUUAAAAAUAUUUUAUUCGUCUAUAUGUUUUACAUACAUUAUAUUAAUACAAUUUGACGAAAUGGAUCGGACAAGAGGCUUUCGCAUAUUCUAAGUCCUCUCCUUUGGUUGUCCUAG